GGAUGAACAAUAAACGCCAUUUGCAAGCGUAGGAAGUGGUUUGGAAGGGGAGAACACACCACGGUACAAUCGACAGCAAUCUGAAACCCAUUUUCCAGAAAACAUGGUGAAAUUACUGCCAAAAUUAGUUUUACUCGUCCUCCUAGCGUUCCCUGCAACAAUUAUUUUCAACAGCAGAGGACCCCUUGUGGCAGCUCAAGAUGCUACAGAGGAUGAGGAGGCAGCAGAAGAUAUUAUUGCGGAGGACGAAGAUGAUGAAGCUGAAGUAGAAGAUGAUGAAACUACAGAGUUGACUGAGGAAAAAGAGGAAGAAGAUGCAUCGUCCGGGGAAGCCAAAGCCUCUCCCAAUGCUGACACAACCAUCUUGUUUGUCAAAGGAGAGGGUAGGUCCAGCGGGGGAGGGACAGACACUCAAGAUUUUCCUGCAAACAACAUUGUGAAAUUCCUUGUUGGUUUUACCAACAAAGGCAGCGAAGACUUUGUGGUGGAAUCCCUGGAUGCCUCGUUUCGCUACCCACAGGACUACCAGUUCUACAUCCAGAACUUCACAGCUCUGCAGCUCAACACAAUGGUGCAGUCUCAGAGACAGGCCACCUUCGAGUACUCUUUCAUCCCAGCCGAGCCCAUGGGAGGUCGUCCUUUUGGCCUUGUCAUUAACCUCAACUACAAGGACACCAAUGGAAAUCUUUUCCAAGAUGCUGUUUUUAACCAAACUGUCACUAUCACAGAGAAGGAAGAUGGCUUGGAUGGAGAAACAGUCUUCCUGUAUGUGUUCCUGUCUGGUCUUGGUCUGCUUGUCAUCGUUGGGCUACAUCAGCUUCUAGAGUCUAGAAAGAGACGGAGACCAGCUGCCAAGGUAGAGAUGGGUACAUCUAAUCACAGUGAUGUUGACAUGAGCUGGAUUCCUCAAGAAACUCUGAACCAAAUUAUGCAGAGCAGACGAGAUAAAGCCUCUCCAAGAAGGUCACCUCGUAAGAGAGCGCAGAAGAGAUCUGCGGGGUCAGAUGAGUAACUGCCCCAAGAGAGAAUUCAGACUGUCCAUUGUGAGCAAGAAUGAGGACAGAGCAACAAAGCCAUAUGAGCAUACACACAAAAUAAAUCCAUGAACUUUAAAAAAUACAUUUACAAAAUGUUAUACUCGUCAUGACUGCAGCAAGCUAAUUUAUUUUACAAACUAAGUUUGUUUUUACAAAGAAGUGUCCAACAAUGUAGUGAAUAUCUUUACAAGGCUAAAUGGGUGGGUUGGUGUAUUUGUGUCUCAACUAAGUUUAAUUCUUGAAGAGUUGCCUUUGGCAUGUUGUCUUUGGGGAGUGUUUUUAGGCUUCUGAAGAAAUGUAUUGAUAAUUUUGAUUGUAAUAAUUACAUAUAGAAAUGCUAGCGUUCUCUAGCCAGUAACAGCAGUGUGGUACCUGCUGUGGUUUGUUUUGAUAUGCUGUAAGAAUAAUGGUGGUAGAGUUAGCAGUUUGUCUUGGUAAUGCUGCUAAUUGUGCACUGGAAUAAUGCUGUAAUGGUAGAAGCAGCUGUCUGAUUGCUUUUUAAAAAAAAUAAUAAAUACAAAUUCAAAUAAAAAUAUCAUUUUGGGAGAUACUAGUUGUAGCUUGUGUUGGAGAAGCAUAAAAUCCUAUAGUAACAUUUAGAUUUAUUUUUUAUUCUUUCCUGGCAACAUGCUUGUCUUUUUUUCACUGUUUUUUUCACCACUUUUUUUUUUUUUUUAACAGUUUGUUUUACAUGGUGAACAGUGGUUUUGGGGCAUGAUACUUUAAUGUAUGUUGAACUGUAAAGGACUUUAUAGAGAAUUGCUCCAGAAUGAUUACGUUCGUGCUCUGUAAAAUGCUUUUUUUUGUUAUUUUAAUAUGGACCACUGUGGAAAUUAUAAUUGCUUAGAAAAUGCAUUAUCCCACAGCUGUGAAUUAAUUGAAAAUGAAGUGACUUUUUUGUACUGUUUCUUUCCCUUUUGAAAACCAUUUUUGUCGGGUGUGCAAUGGAUUGAAUUGAAAGUAAAUAAAAAAUUAACAUUUUUCA